AUGUCAUCAUUUAGAUACAGAGCGUACUCUGAAACAUUGUUGAUUACUUCUUUUGUGUUUGGAGGGAAUGUGUUGGAAGGCACUCUUAAUUCACCACAUGUUGGCGCUUGUCUCUCAAAUAUUUCCACCGAAAAAAGAGAAUAUCAUGGCUGUGGAUUAUUCAAUGCUACAGAAAUAAACCAGCUAAUGCCGUUUGCAUCAGGCGUUGAAAAGCGUCAGCUGAGUUACAGGGUCCAAAGGGCAUUGUCUGAAAUUCAUAAAGCCCGUUUGAAGUUUAUAUCUGCCAUCCUGUACAAUGUGUCUGUUAUCAGUAGAUAUCCUGAAGGCGCUUUAGCAAACUCUUUACUUGUCUUCAAUUCAAAUGAAAUAUAUUUGUUUGAAAUUAUUGGCCUUUUUAGGCGUCUUCACUCAAUUUUAUUAACGUGUGUACAUGCUUUUCCUAAAAAGUCGCUUAGAAGUGCAUUACUUGGGUUUUCUAUUUUUUUUUUGCCUGUUUUAUUGUUUUAUAUUUGGAUGGCUUUACAAUUAACCCGUUUGUUUGCUGUCAGUUUCCAUCAGCACUUUUAUUUCCAUUCUAACAUCAUGGUUUCUCUAAAUUAG